AUGGGCUCCGACGCAGCUUGGCAGUCGUGCAGGAGUGAGAUCUUGUCGACGACGAUUGCGCUUGGUCCACCUGCGCUCUGGAUCAUGAUCAACCCAGAUGAUCUUCACGAUCUGCUCGCGCAGGUGUUCGCUGGGGUAGAGAUCGACUUGGAUGCGUUUUGCGCCUUAUGCGGGCCCACACCGAAAGAGAGGGAUCAGAACGUCACAGGCGAUCCGUACGCCGCAGCCAUGUUCUUUCAUUUCUUGGUGCAGACAUGCUUCACGGCGCUCUUUGGUACCGAGGUCUUGUCAGGAGGGAGGAUCAAGUCGGAGGAGGGGUUCUUCGGAUACGUCUCCGGAUACUAUGCGACGGUCGAGGCACACAAACCCAGCGAGGAUAACUUCAAGGAGGUGUGCGAUACGACACUGCGCAAUGUCGGGCGCACAAAGCAGCUGUACAAAUCCAUCAUAGCGCACUGCCUCUGCAUAGACUAG